AUGGACUCUACAGAGCCUAUAAACUCCUUGGAGGUCCUCGUUGAGAGGCUCCUCCAGAUCCAGCCCCUACUCCGGGCCGUCCAUGACUCUGUCAUCAGGCAUGGCCCAGAGCAGAUGCACUUUAGUUCUGAAAAGGCUGUUCUCAACCCCGAGAUCGAGGCGCUGCGUUCAAGGCACGCCGAGCGGACUGCCCAAGAACGGGCAGAGAAGGCCAUGAGGGCACAAACGCUUGACGCUGUCAAAGUUGAGGACGAGGCGAGGUUCCGACGGGCCGACGCCGAGGCCUAG